AUGUUAGUGUUGGCACAAUCUUCGAUCGAUAUUUCAGAAGAUGCGACGGUUGGAGAAGACCAAAAGCAUGACCGCUAUUGGAUUCGCGUUUUACAUAGGUUCCAUAAAGGAAUGAAGUGUGGAGAAUAUCGUUCAAAACAUCAAGUGUACUCCAAAUGGGGGAAGAUGAACAAGAAAAUCAUGUUGUUUAAUGAUUUGUAUAACUAUAUGAAACGCCAAUGGAAAAGUGGAGAAAACAAUGAAGUGAUUUUGAAGAAAGCGUUGAAAGUGUAUCAAAAAGAAAAUCUAAAGGCUUUUAAGUUUCUUGAAGUUUGGAAUUUUGUGAAAGAUAACAAGAAAUGGCAAAAUAGCAAAACAUCAUAUGAGCAUAUCGACAGUGGUUUAAAACGCAGCAGAACAAGUGAGUCCGACCACACUACAUCAGAUGCUCAUGUUCAAUUUGAUCUGAAUGAAGAUGUAUCGAUUCCAGUUUCACCACCUUCCCGACCAAUGGGAAGAGACAAAGCAAAAAAGCAAAGGCAAAGGCAAAGCGUCAAAUUCAUAUGA